CCCAUGAAAUCUAGUUAUAAAUCAACAAAAACUUCGCUCAGUCUGCUCACAACAACCUACUGAUUUUAGAGAGCAAAAACGUUACAAUGCUUCAUUUCUUCAACUUCAAUGAGUGGAAUUUUCUUGUCUGUUUGAUAAUCUUCUUUUUACCAGUUCUGGUCUUCUUGAUCCGCCGGAGUUCAUCAAGCUCGGGUCACCGUAGGCUUCCUCCCGGACCCAAAGGAUGGCCUGUAAUCGGCAACAUGUUCGACCUCGGCACAAUGCCACACAGGACUCUCACUGACCUAGGACACAAGUUUGGCCCUGUAAUUUGGCUUACACUUGGUGUGAGAAACACUAUGUCAGUUCAAUCUGCCAAGGCAGCUGCAGAGUUUUUCAAAAACCAUGACCUCUCAUUUGUAGAGCGCACAGUCAACGAAAACGCUAGGGUUCAUGACUACCACAAAGGUUCCCUGGCAAUGGCCCCGUACGGCACACACUGGCGCGUGAUGAGGCGGUUAGUGACAGUGGAGAUGGUGGUGAACAAACGCAUCAACGAGACGGCUUUCAUAAGAAGAAAGUGCAUAGACAACAUGCAGUUGUGGAUUGAAGAGGAAGCGUCCAAAGUCAAAGAAGGGCGUGGGGUUCAUGUGGCGCGUUUCGUGUUCCUUAUGACUUUCAACCUUCUUGGCAACCUCAUGUUGUCUAGGGACUUGGUGGAUCCGAAUUCGGAAGAAGGGAUGGAGUUUUUUAAAGCAAUGAAUGGACUGAUGGAGUGGAAUGGGAGUGGCAACGUGGUAGAUUUUUUUCCAUGGCUGAGGUGGCUUGAUCCGCAAGGCCUGAAGAGGAAGAUGAAAAGGGAUCUUGGAAAAGCUAUACAAAUUGCCUCUAAGUUUGUCAAAGGACGCAUCCAAGAGAGGGAGGUGGGUGGAGAGAAAACUAAGGACUUCUUGGAUGUGUUGCUUGAAUUUGAAGGCAACGGAAUUGACGAGCCAGCUAAAAUCUCUGAUCACGAUCUCAAUAUUUUCAUACUGGAAAUAUUUAUGGCUGGUUCAGAAACAACAAGCAGCACCACAGAAUGGGCAUUGACCGAGCUGUUAUGCAACCCGGCAACGCUUGUCGAGGCGAAAGCCGAGCUCAAUCGAGUAAUAGGUCCAAGCAGAAAGAUUGAAGAGAGUGAUAUCGACAAUCUUCCAUACUUGCAGGGCAUAAUCAAAGAAACACUCAGAUUGCAUCCACCAAUUCCUUUCCUAGUACCAAGAAAGGCAAUGCAUGACACCAGUUUCAUGGGGUACUUUGUACCCAAAGACACACAGGUGUUUGUGAAUGCUUAUGCAAUUGGAAGAGAUCCAGAUGCGUGGCGUGAUGAGCCGACGUUGUUUAAGCCCGAGAGGUUCAUAGGCUCAAAGACUGAUUACAGGGGGCAGAAUUAUGAGUUGGUUCCGUUUGGAGCUGGGAGAAGAAUGUGUGCCGGUGUGCCUCUGGCUCAUAGAAUGCUGCAUCUUACAUUGGGGACGUUGCUUCACCAAUUUGAUUGGUCACUGGAUGCAAAUGUUACUAGAGAAACCAUGGAUUGGAAGGACAAGUUAGGGAUAACAAUGAGAAAAUCUGAGCCAUUGCUAGCAGUGCCCACGAAGUGCUUCUUAUAAGUUGGUAUGAUAAGGGCCCUACCGGCUACCUAAUCGUUUGGUAUGCAUACGAGACGAGACAGAACGGAAUGGGACGGGACGGGACGGAACAGAGAUGGAGCAAAGAUGCCCUCGGAUGGAAACAAGGAGGACGAAGAAGAAGACGGAGAGGUUAUAAUUUUGUAUUCCACAGAUAUGGAACAAGUCGUUCUAAGGGGAUGAGGCGGAACGAAAAUUCACCCAAAAUUCGUCCCGUGGAACAGCGCAUUCCACCCGUUUUAGACGCACCAAAUGUGGAACGAAACGCCUCGUUCCACUCCAUUCCGUCUCGUCCCACGUACCAAACGGACAAUGCAGUCAAGACAUGAACGAUUUCUGACCGUUGAUACAUAUGAAGAACAUAAUUAACCAACAGUCAAAACUUGCCCACUAGGACUGACCAUAGCAAAAUAUGAUCUUUCCAAGUUAAAGACUGGUUAGUGGUGUUACAAGAUACAGCCUAUGCUUGGUUCGGUUCGGUUUGAGUUCAAUUUUGGUCAACUCAGUUGUCUUCGAUUGUUUUCCCUUGGUCU